CAUCAAGCGCUGCGUGUUUACAUCACUCAGAUUUUCACGUGCUUUCUGUGUGUAUUUCGUGAUCAAACCUCCACACCAGACCACUGAACAUGUGUUCUGUCACACUGAUGGACUGCAGCAAACUGAUGGAGAUAAAAACAGAACUCACAGUAAAGGAAGAACAGACUGAUGAAGAUGAGAAUCAUGAUGAUUUUGUUCCUUCAGUUGAAAUGGUGAAUGACAAGAACCUGGAGAUAAAAACAGAACCCAAAUCUGAGGAAGAACAGACUGAUGAAGACAUCGGGAACAUGAUGGAGGCAGAGAUAGAACCCACUGCAGAGGAACUUUACACUGAUGAAGAUGACAAGCAUCAUGACGAUGAUGAUGACGGGGAAGAUAAUAAUGAUGAGGAUUUUAUUCCUUCAGAUGGGAGCGGUGAUUCAUGUGGAGAUGAAGAAACGGCCUCUACAUCAAAACACACAGAACAGAAACUCUUCACCUGCACCAGAUGUGACAUCAGCUUUCCUACCUUACAAGAGAAGAAACUUCAUUCACAAGAGCACAGAGACAAGAAACACUUUCACUGUCAGCAGUGUGAGAAGAGUUUUAUCUUUCCUUCUAGUCUGAAAGUUCACAUGAGGACACACACUGGAGAAAAACCUUUCCACUGCAGUGAAUGUGACAAUUGUUUCAGCACCAAAGGAAGUCUUGUUACUCAUCAAAGAAUUCACACGAGAGAAACCCUGUACGCGUGUCCUCACUGUGAGAAGAGAUUCAACUACAAACCUUAUCUGAAGAAACACAUGCGUGUCCACACCGAUGAGAAACCGUAUCAGUGCAGUGAAUGUGGAAAAUUCUUUAGACAGUCACAUGGUCUGAAGUCACACGAGAGAACUCACUCUGUGGAGAAACUCUAUCAGUGUUCACACUGUGAUAAACGCUUCCGUCAAAAAUCUCAGUUGAUAUGUCAUGAGAGAAUUCACACUGGAGAGAAACCUUAUCUCUGUUCUCACUGUGGAAAGAGGUUUACUGAUCAUAGUACUUUUAGGGUUCAUAUUAGAGUUCACACUGGAGAAAAACCUUAUCAGUGCAGUGUUUGUGGGAAGAGAUUUAAUCGUCAUCGCCAUUUAGUGAGACACAAGAGAAUUCAUACUGGAGAAAAACCUUAUGAGUGCAGUGUUUGUGAGAAGAGUUUUAAUCGUCAUCAUCAUUUAGAGAGACACAAAAGAGUUCACACUGGAGAAAAACCUCAUCUCUGUAAUGUUUGUGGGGAGCGUUUCACUGAGCAAACUACCCUAUUGAAUCAUCAGAGAACUCACACAGGUGAAAGACCCUUCAAGUGUUCUCAGUGUGACAAGACGUUUGCUUAUGCAGAUGGUUUGAGAACCCAUCAGAGAGUUCACACUGAAGAGAAACCUUAUCACUGUUCCGUCUGCGGCGAGAGAUUCACUUAUUUAAGAAGUUUUCAUACUCAUCAGAAGAAGCAUGCUGACUUACAAACUGAUCUAAACUCAAACCAAACAACACAUACUGAGGAGAAACUCUAUGAGUGUUCACGCUGUGAUAAACGUUUUGUUAAAAAAACAUACUUGGUACGUCAUGAGAGAAUUCACACUGGAGAGAAACCUUACCUCUGCUCUCACUGCGGAAAAAGCUUUACGGAUUCAAGUACUUUUAAAGUUCAUCAGAGAAUUCACACUGGAGAGAAACCUUAUGAGUGCAGUGUUUGUGGGAAGAGUUUUAAUCGUCAUCGCCAUUUAGAGAGACACAAGAGAGUUCACACUGGAGAAAAACCUCAUCUCUGUAAUGUUUGUGGGAAGCGUUUCACUCAACAAACUACCCUACUGAAUCAUCAGAGACUUCAUACAGGUGAAAGACCCUUCAAGUGUUCUCAGUGUGACAAGACGUUUAUUUAUUCAGGUAGCUUGAGAAUCCACAAGAGAGUUCACACUGGAGAGAAACCUUAUCACUGCUCCAUCUGUGGAGAGAGAUUUUCUUAUUUAACACGUUUUAAGACUCAUCAGAAGAAACAUGCUGAAGAACAAACUGCACUGGAAUCAUCAUAACGUCUAUAACCUGGAAUAAUUUCUGUGUACUAUGUGCUCAUAUAAAUGAUUCAGUUAUUCUCUUCA